AUGUACAUACACAGAAAUACACACACACAGACACAUGUACACACAUACACAGACACAUGUACACACAGACACAUGUACGUACAUACACACAGACACAUGUACACACACAUACAUGUACAUACACGCAGACACAUGUAGAGAUACACACAUGUACAUACACACAGACACAUGUACAAUUGUACAUGCAUACACAGACACACACAGACACACACACAUGUACACGUACACGUACACACACACACACACACACCAUAAAAAUGUGCAGUACUUCGUUGUUCACUCACAGGUCCGGGCACUGCACUCUAGGAGGAGGCAGAGAGCACAGCACACACUCCUUCUUUGCUUUCACUGCGCUCAGCUAUUGAGCAGUCUGACGGCUCCCAGUACCAAUGACAGAUCCGACCUGAGCUCCGAGCCUGCUCAGCAAGACGGCCCUGGGGGACACAUUCGCCCCCACCAUAAUUUCCACUCGCCAUUGGUGAGCAGGCGAGUUGAAAUUUCAAGCCCUGCCAUAAACCCUAUU